GGUGAUGCCGCUGGACUGAGAGCGGCGCGGCCGCGCGAGUUCGGGGGACGGAGCCCCCCCCCGCCUCCUUCCAGCGCUCCCCAGACCCGGUGCAGCGCCCUCAGCCCCGCGGCUCGUCCCUGCCGCCCCCCUGUAUGAGCGCUGCUCCGAGCGCAGGGCGGCUCGGCGCCUGCUAGGGCUGCUCUCCGCCGCCCCCCGGACUUCCCCAGCACCGACGAGGAGCGGCGCGCACCCCGCACCCGGAGAGUUGUCUCGGCAGGCUCCGUGCUAUGGCGAAGCUGCGGAGGAGCAAACUAGCCGCCGGAUUUCUAUUACUUUUCCAGUGCCUGAGCGAGCGCUGCCAGCUCGCCGGCGGGGAGACGCCGAGGCAGAGCCGCGGUGUGUUUUAUGAAGUUGUUCAGAGCUUCCCUCGAGUGGAGGAGAAUGUGGAGGUGGAUUCAUUUGUGAGCAGCCACAGGUGGAGAAGGCACUCAGAGUCCCUCAAAUCCGUGGACACCAACAGAGCCAGCAUGGGGCAGGAUUCCUUGGAGCCAGGGGGUUUCACAGACCUGCUGCUUGAGGAGGGACAUGACAACACUACACAGAUUGAGGAGGAUACAGAUCAUAAUUAUUAUACAUCAAGGACGUAUGGCCCCUAUGAUUCUACCAGCCGGGAUUUGUGGGUCAAUAUAGACCAAAUGGAGAAGGACAAAGUAAAGAUUCAUGGGAUCCUUUCCAAUACCCAUCGUCAAGCAGCAAGAGUAAAUCUGUCCUUUGAUUUUCCAUUUUACGGACAUUUUCUACGUGAAAUUACUGUGGCAACUGGAGGUUUCAUAUAUACUGGAGAAGUUGUGCAUCGAAUGUUAACAGCUACCCAAUAUAUUGCACCAUUAAUGGCAAAUUUUGACCCCAGUGUGUCAAGAAAUUCAACAGUCAGAUACUUUGAUAAUGGCACAGCACUAGUUGUCCAGUGGGAUCAUGUACAUCUGCAGGAUAAUUACAACCUGGGGAGUUUCACUUUUCAGGCCACCCUUCUCAAUGAUGGGCGUAUCAUUUUCGGCUACAAAGAAAUUCCUGUUGCUGUGACACAGAUAAGUUCAACCAACCACCCAGUGAAAGUGGGACUUUCAGAUGCAUUUGUGGUUGUGCACAGGAUCCAGCAAAUUCCCAAUGUCCGCAGAAGAACAAUUUAUGAAUACCACAGGGUGGAGCUACAGAUGUCAAAGAUUACCAAUCUCUCAGCUGUUGAAAUGAUACCACUUCCAACUUGUCUCCAGUUUACCAGCUGUGGUCCCUGUGUCACUGCCCAGAUUGGUUUCAACUGCAGCUGGUGCAGUAAACUCCAAAGAUGCUCCAGUGGAUUUGAUCGUCACCGGCAAGAUUGGGUAGACAGUGGCUGCCCAGAAGAGUCAAAGGAUAAGAUUUGUGAGAGGAAUAUAGACACAACUGAAACACCUCUGUACUCCACCACCACCCUUCUGCCAACCACCACAAGGUUCAGAGUUUUAACAACCACCAGAGGAUCCACCACUUCCCACCUUCCAACCAGCCUGCCCACAGAAGACGACACCAAGAUAGCACUGCACCUAAAAGAUAAUGGAGCUUCAACAGACGACAGCGCGGCAGAGAAGAAAGGCGGAACGCUCCACACUGGGUUAAUUGUCGGCAUCCUGGUGCUGGUGCUCGUUGUGGCUGCAGCCAUCCUCGUGACUGUCUACAUGUACCAUCAUCCAACAUCAGCAGCUAGUCUCUUCUUUAUAGAGCGACGUCCAAGCAGAUGGCCAGCAAUGAAAUUCAGAAGAGGAUCUGGACAUCCUGCCUAUGCUGAGGUGGAACCAGUGGGAGAAAAAGAAGGGUUCAUCGUAUCAGAGCAGUGCUAAAAUUUCUGGGACAGAACACCAGUACUGGCCUACAGGUGUAAGACAUUUAUUUUGCCUCUCUUUAAAGAAAAGGAGCCCUAAGCUGCUGUAGCCUGAUAGAAAGAAGAUUCUGGAUAAACUUUGUCCAAGAAGAAAAACUAUCUAAGAUACCAGGUUACUACUGCACAGUAGUUUUUGUUAGUGGACUGAGACACAAUGGUUCAUGCAGAACACUUGUCAGUGGACACCUACAGUAUCAGAACCAUGGCACAAGUGCCGUGUUAUUUGCUUUAGGUGUGGGGAUGCACAGUAAUCAGAAAUAUAAUAAAGCUUUGGUGCGCAA